GAAAGAGAGAGAGAGGAAGAGAUUCCUGCAACAAAGAGGAAACUUUGACUGAGAUACCGGGCGAAGACACUGCUUGGGGAAACACCUUGCUGCAUGAACCAGGUAGACAGCUGAGAGAAGGAGAGGGUAUGAACGGGAGUCAGGAGGACUCCUCCGGGAGCCUGGUUGCUGGCAUUGAGGGGCUUCCCCCCUUACCCAAGGGUCUGAGCGGGAUCCUCAACUCCAGCGGCGGUUCCUGGAGGGACGUGGAGAGGCUCUACGCCAAGAAGACCAUGAUCCAGGACGAGCUGAGCCGGCCCCACUUGGCCACCGAGAGGUUCCUGAGGAACAAGCCGGCCAAUCUGGACGCAGCCCUGGCCUUAUUGAGGAAGGAGAUGGUAGGCCUGCGACAGCUCGACAUGUCCCUCCUCUGCCAACUGUGGUCGCUGCACGAGUCCAUUCAGGACUACAAGGGCCUGUACCAGGACAUGACCUCGUCCAUGCACUCUUAUGCCUCGGAAAAUGCCGACUACGACGACGAGGAUGAGUUGGAAGCCGACGAGGACGGCUUGGACCGCUGCAAGAUCGACAUGGCACCCAAGAGUCUGAAAGUCCCCCCGACGCAAAACUCCCGGGACAAGUGGCUGCAGGAUUCUUUCCACAUUACACUAUAAACAACAGACACUCUCGCUGAUACCGCUUCCAGGUUCUGCCUUUCCUUUUGUUUAAAAAAAAAUUCAUUCCUGCGAUGCGUUUUUCACCGGCAGGGUCAACCAUUUAUUGUCAUCCCUCGUGGAAGUGGUGGAGAGCUGAGAGACUGGGCUCCUGUUACCUAAAUGGGGCGGUUAAGGGUCAGGAAGGCAGAUUUCUUUUCCCGUGGUGACGUUAGGGGACUUAGAGCAGCCUCAUGACCGCACAGAUUCCCGAGGGUCUGGGAUGAGAGGGUGGGAUUGGAAAAAGUGGGAGGGAGGAGAGAGCACACGGCCGCAUUGCAUCUGGUCACUUCUGGAGCUCCCCUCCCACCAAAUUGGCUGCACCUUCCCACACCGCCUUGGUUUCCUGAUGCAUUCCGAAUUCCAAUCGACAGGCAUGCAGCGGCCUCGACUCUCCUGUCGACUCAAUCCAUUGCUCGGGAAUUCUGAGCAAGAGAUUGUUUCCUCAUUCUGACGCAGUCUGCCAAAGUCAAUUUUCUUUUAUCUGCGAUUGUAGCAAAAUCAGGGCAAACUCUCCCUGUUCAGAAUCAGAUUUCAUACCCCAGUGAGUGUGUGUGAGAGCCCGUACCCCAGUGAGAGUCUGUCUGUGUGUGUGUGUGUGAGAGAGACAGCCUGUACCCCAGUGAGAGUCUGUGUGUGAGUCCAUACCCCAGUGAGAGUCUGUGUGUGUGUGUGUGUGAACGCCCAUAUCCCAGUGUGAGUCUGUGUGUGUGUGAGCGCCUGUACCCCAGUGAGUGUGUGUGUGUGUGCCCAUACACCAGUGAGAGUCUGUGUGUGUGUGUGUGUGUGUACGCCCAUACCCCAGUGAGAGUCUGUGUGUGUGUGUGUGUGUGUGAACGCCCAUACCCCAGUGAGAGUCUGUGUGUGAACACCCAUACCCCAGUGAGAGUCUGUGUGUGUGCAUGUGUGUGGCCCAAACCCCGAUAAGGGUCAGUGUGUGUGUCAGAGCCAUCCCCAAGUAAGAGUCCGUAUGUGAUCCAGGAUUUCUGUCCUGUUCAUCUCUUGUAGCUGGCAAUGUAAUUUGCUGACAAUAAAAUUGAGAUGUUUGUUACCUUGAAACAAAACUCAUGUUCAUGUUAUAAAGUUAGAAUUCUGAAACCUAUGUUGAAAGACAGGAGUUUUUGUAUAAUUUAUAUUUAGCAUUGCUUUAUUUUUCAGUUGAACAGCAGACACAUGUUAAGUUAUACAAUGUAUGGU